UUGCUUUUGAACAUCCCACUACUCGGGUUGUCGUAGUUGUCAUGUUGUCGAACUAGUCGUGUCAUGUAUGUCUAAUUCUCCAUGCUACCUCGUCAGCUUAAGUUAGUAUGAUGUCCAGAACGUUGUCGUCUGCGAACUGUGAUGACUCUUAAAUGUUCUGAUGCUAGUCCUUAAUAAGUUGAUGAAAUUAUGGUUCUAUUAUUUCAGUGUCUUUAUAUGGUUUGUCUUAAGUUUAACGUACCUCGAUUUGUCGAUUGGCUUCAAUGUGUUUCAUAAGACUAAAUGUGUGCCAUCUCCACAUAUCCUAGCAUGGACCCUGCCAGCAAUGCGACAUCGUCGCAGGCGAUGUCGAAUCCCUCAAAUGCCCAGCAAUUUCCACCACCACCACCCUUAUGGCCAACAGGCUACAUGCAGCAGAAUCCAGUCGAUUGCAACAUGAUGGGAAACAUUAAUUUUCCUAGUCCUGGUCAAGGUCCAACUACAAUGUGGGCUCCAAUUCAGGCAGGGAACACUAGUUCCCAAUCAACCAUGAUCCCUGCUUCCCAAUCUGCACUAUAUUGGAAUCACUACAUGAAUUUUGUGAGGAACCCUCUUGGGUCGGUGGGAAUGAGUCCAUACACAGAUUCAUAUCCACCUUCACUAUCAAGUACACCGUUGCAGGGUUCGAAUACUAUACCACAAAUGCCUGUAAACUUGGAGUCAGAUGCUGAACACAGUGUUCAGGACAUCAAUAGUCCUGAGAAAAAUGCACCUCCAGUUCAAAAACAAAAGAAAUCUAAGGAACAAAACUUUACAGCCCCAGAAGACAGACUCCUUUGUACUACUUGGUUGCAAAUAAGUAGUGACCCCAUUGUGAAUACUGGGCAAAGGAGGGAGGGUCUCUGGGCCAGAAUUGAAAAAAGGUACAAUGAACAAAGGGGGGAAUUUCCUUGUCGACUAAACAGAGCACUCAGCAGCCGAUGGGACAAGAUAAGGGCUGAUGUCAGUAAAUUCUCUGGAUACUACGCGAGAGUUCUACGAGAGAAACAAAGUGGUCUAAGUGAUGACGAUAAGACAUCGAAGGCAGCCACAUUGUUCGCUCAUGAGGAGGGCAAACCAUUUCAUUAUAUGCACUGCUGGCAUCAACUGAAGGGGGAACCCAAAUGGGAGAGCAUAUGUCAAGGACACUCUUUUAGAGGAUUACAUGCAAGAUCAAUACCUUCGUCGGGGUGUCCAUCAGUGGAAACACCGGAGACUGACAGUGGAUCCGCUGGACUCUCAGGAAAAAGGCCCCGUGGCCGUGAUUACAGUAAAGCUGAGAGAAAGAAAGCUGGUUCAUCUUCGUCCCCGGAGUACUUAAGCCGAUUACAAGAAAUUACUGAGAAACAAAUACAGAGGUCCAUAGAAAAGGGGGAAAAAAAAGAAAUGACCAGUGAAGAAGAUAGGGAGAUACAAAAGAAGAGAUUGGACUUGGAAGCCCAAAAGUUAAGCAUAAGACAAAGGGAACUCAAACUAGAAGAACUCAAAUCGGCAGAACAACGUUUGCAGAUGCUGUUGUCGACAAACGAAGAAGAUGUAGAUCCUGAAGUUUGGGUUGUCAUGAAGGAACAGAAAAAAAAAUUGCAGCAGUUCAUAUUUACUUUUGAGCAAUGA